AUCGGUUGAUGCAUCAUUGAACCCAAAAAAGCAGCGAAUCACAUAUUUAACCUCAAUUUUCCAUCUCCGAUCUGAGAAAUUGAAUGAGUGGGAGCGAAGGAAGCUCUGGACAUUCAGCCGGAGAUGCGCCAGCGCCGGCGCCGGUGGUGGGGAAGAAGAGGGAUAAGGCCAAAGUGAGCCGAACGUCGUUGAUACUGUGGCACGCUCACCAGAACGAUCCAGCUGCCGUGAGAAAGCUAUUGGUGGAAGAUCAGUCUUUGGUUCAAGCCAGGGAUUAUGAUAAUCGAACUCCGCUUCAUGUCGCUUCGCUUCAUGGAUGGAUCGAAGUUGCUAAAUGCUUGAUUGAGUACGGUGCCGACGUUAACGCGCAAGAUCGCUGGAAAAACACGCCUCUAGCUGAUGCAGAAGGAGCUAGAAAACAUAACAUGAUUGAGUUACUAAAGUCUUAUGGUGGCCUAUCAUAUGGCCAAAAUGGAAGCCAUUUUGAACCAAGACCUGUCCCACCACCUCUCCCAAAUAAGUGUGACUGGGAAAUUGAUCCUGUUGAGCUGGACUUCACAAACUCACACAUGAUAGGAAAGGGUUCCUUUGGUGAAAUUGUGAGAGCAAGUUGGCGUGGAACACCAGUAGCUGUAAAACGUAUACUUCCAAGUCUCUCAGAUGACAAAUUGGUGAUUCAGGACUUCAGGCAUGAGGUCAAUUUGCUGGUCAAACUUCGCCACCCUAAUAUAGUGCAAUUUCUUGGAGCUGUUACUGAAAAGAAGCCAUUAAUGCUGAUAACCGAGUAUCUACGAGGGGGUGAUCUUCAUCAGUGCUUAAAAGAGAAGGGUGCACUAAGUCCAACAACAGCUAUAAACUUUGCUUUAGACAUUGCAAGAGGAAUGGCUUAUCUUCAUAAUGAGCCUAAUGUCAUUGUUCAUAGGGAUCUAAAACCAAGGAAUGUUCUUUUAGUGAACACCAAUGCAGAUCAUCUAAAAGUUGGAGACUUUGGACUUAGCAAACUCAUCAGGGUUCAAAAUUCUCAUGAUAUUUAUAAAAUGACUGGAGAAACUGGAAGCUAUCGUUACAUGGCUCCUGAAGUCUUCAAGCACAGAAAAUAUGACAAAAAAGUCGAUGUCUUCUCUUUUGCGAUGAUAUUAUUCGAGAUGAUUGAGGGUGAGCCACCAUUAUCAAAUUUUGAAGCUUAUGAAGCAGCAAAAUAUGUAGCGGAAGGAAACAGACCUGCAUUUAGAGCAAAAGGUUACACCCCUGAACUGAAAGAGUUGAUCGACAAUUGUUGGGCAGCAGAUAUGAACAAGAGACCUUCUUUUUUGGAAAUUUUAAAGAAGCUUGAAAAAAUUAAGGAAACGAUACACCCAGAUCAUCAUUGGCAUCUUUUUAAUUAAUAACAAAUUUAUCAUCAUCUAUUUCUGAAAAAAUAUAUAUAUCUAAAUAGCUAGUUUUACUUACACCUAAGGUUUUCAGGUAAGUAUUGAGGAACUUGACGAAUUUUCAGAC